AGUCCACAGGAAACAAGAUCACUCUGCUAGCUGUUGUAUUGGGAACCUCUUCUACGCAUGCGCGGACUUCGCUGGCUUUUCCAGCUUCCCUCUCUGUCUGGGUCACAUGACCUGCGCUGUCAGCUGAUCCGCGAAGAGGAGAAGCCAGGAAGGAUGGAGGCCCUCUUGGGCCAGGUGGAGAAGGACCUGGGCAUCAGUCGUGGUCAGUUGGCGGCUGCGGCGGGUGGCGCUCACCUGGUGGCUCUGGUGCCCCAGAAAUGGCUGUCCAGCCUGAAGGAGCGGUCCGCAUUGCCACCCGGCCUGUGCCCACGUCCAGAGGGCCUGAGUGAGGUGGAGGUCCGAACCUGCCUGCAGCCCUCGGUGCAUAAGCUGCCCACCGGCUGGGCACGGGUGGAGAUCCACGGCCUGUGGAAGGAGCGGCUGCGCUACCGGGUGACGACUGGGCAUGGCACCGAGGCCAAAGAGGGGCCGGAGACGCUGCACGGCUUCAUGCGCCACGUGGCUGCUCAGAACUAUCGCAACCUUUGGCGACGGGCUCACCGCCGACACGCCCAGCCCUACUCCCGGGCACCCAGCAUGGCCUCUGCCCCGGUGCUGGAGGUGCUCCAGGCCGCCCUGCAGAAGCUGUACGGCUGCCCCUGGCUCCCCUGCGCUGGCUUCUCGAAGGAGGGUCCCGUCCCGAACAAGGCCCCCUCCUCGCCGCCGUGCCCGAGUCUCCUCCCGGCGGAGGCCUUGCUGGAGUCACCCCAAAUGCUCUACGUGCUUUUCCCCUACGUCCAGUACUGCCUCCAUGAUGUGGUGACCUUCAGCCCAGCCAAGCUGACCAACAGCCACGCCAAGCUGCUCUUUGUCCUGUUUCAGGUGCUGCAAGCCAUGCAGGCCUGCCACCGGGCGGGAGUGGCGUGUGGGGCCCUCUCCCUCCGCGAAGUGGUUGUCGACGAGAAGCUCUGCGCUUGGCUCAGGGUCCGGCUGCAGGACUACGAAGAGGAGGAGGAGGAAGAGAAAAAGAGCUCGAGUCCCGUUGAACGCCGUCCUGUUGAUGCGCCAUCCGGCAACAAGUCGCUGGGGGAACUGGUCCAGGACUGGGUCUCCGGCCGCUUGAGCAACUUCGACUACCUGAUGCAUCUCAACCGCCUGGCGGGCCGGCGGACAGGCGACCCCAACUACCACCCAGUGCUGCCCUGGGUGGUGGAUUUCAGCACCCGCGAGGGGAAGUUCCGCGACCUCCGCAAGUCCAAGUUCCGCCUCAACAAGGGCGACAAACAGCUGGACUUCACUUACGAGAUGACCAAGCAGGCCUUUGCGGCCGGAGGUGGGGGGGCAGGCUCUGGGGAGCCCCCCCACGUGCCGCACCACGUCUCAGACGUGCUUUCGGACAUCACCUACUACGUCUACACGGCCCGCCGGACCCCCCGGCCGGUACUGUGUGCCCACGUGCGCUCCCAGUGGGAGCCCAACGAGUAUCCGGCCAGUGUGGGCCGCAUGCAGGGCUGGACGCCCGACGAGUGCAUUCCCGAGUUCUUCACGGACCCGGCCAUCUUCCGCUCCGUCCACCCAGACAUGCCUGACCUGGAGGUGCCCCCCUGGCUCGGCUCUGGGGAGACGUUCGUGGCCGCCCACCGGGCCCUGCUGGAGAGCACAGAGGUCUCCCAGGACCUGCACCACUGGAUUGACCUGACAUUUGGCUAUAAGCUGCAGGGCCAGGCAGCCGUACAGGAGAAGAAUGUUUGCCUCCACCUGGUGGACAACCACACUCACCUGACCAGCUUUGGGGUCGUCCAGCUCUUUGACCAGCCCCACCCCCGGCGCCUGGCGGCCCUCCCCCCGCCCGAGGCCCCCCUCGCUGCCCGGCCCCUCCUCCCUGCCGUCCGCGAGGCCCGCGUCCUUGAUGGACCCCCCUCCGAUGGCGCCCUGGAGGAAGAGGAGGUGGAACAAGGUGCCGAAGCCUUGGAGGCCCUCCCUGCGCCCGGCAGAGGUGGAGUACCCACAGAGCCUCUGAGCCCAUCUCCCGCGGAGGGCAAGGCUCUGGGCCGGAGGGCAAACAAAGGCAUGGCUGCCGAAGCCGGGGAGGCGAAGAUCCUCCUCCCCGACAGCUUCCGCCCGCUGCAGCCGCUGGAGGAGCUGGAGAAGCUGCACACCUUCCUCCUGCGAGCACUGCAUGGCACCGGGGGCCGGGCGGAGGAGACCCUCGACGGGACACCCGUCUCCCUUUCGGACCUCUUCCAGCGGGACAUGCAGGCCUUGGGUGUCCUGGUGGCCGAGAUUGUCUUUGCUCCAAGGCUGCGGACGCUGGGCCCUGAGGCCUCGCUUUGGGAACGCCACCGGGCGGCCGUUGCACUGUGCCGAUCACACCCCAAAGAGAUCCCGCCGCCCUUGCAGCACCUCUUGGAUGUCUUGCUGCAGCCCCGGGGGGAGAGCCAGCCGCGGAAUGGGAUGCUGUUCGUGUAUGAGCCGGUAUGGCAGGGCCUGCCUCCGCCGAGCCCCGCACAGCUGCUGAGCCCCUUCAGCGGGGUGCUGCCCUUCCCGCCGUACUUCCCGGCUCUGCACCGCUUCGUCCUGACCUGCUGCCAGCGCCCCGUGCGAGCGGAGGAGGGCCGUGGCCGGGAGCUGGUCUUCCGCCUGUGGCAGCAGCUGGAGUCCAUCCUGGCCGUCGUCACCCCUGAGGGCCUGGAGAUCCUGCUGCCCUUCGUGCUGGCCCUGAUGUCCAAUGAGCAGACUGCCAUCCACGCCGCCUGGUACCUCUUUGAGCCUGUGGCCCGGGCGCUGGGCCCCCGUAACGCCCACAAGUACCUGCUCAAGUUGCUGGUGGCUGCCUAUGAGAGCCCCCGCGGACCCCGCGGCCGGUUCUACCUCUACACAGACUGCUUCGUGGCCCAGCUGCUGGCCCGCCUGGGUCUGCCGGUGUUCCUCUCCAGCCUCCUGCCCCACAUUCUGCAGGUCUUGGUGGCCGAGGGGGGCGCCACGGAUGCCUUGCAGGAGGAGGAGGAGGAGGCCGGUGACGGGGUUGUCGGGGAGGAGGAGGCGGCGGCCAAGGGGUCAGCGGCCCCUCGCGAGCGGCUGCUGGACUUCCUCUCUGGGGUCAGCCUCCAUGACCAGGGCUACCCGCCAGAGGGGGAGGACUUCCCGAAUGGGCUCUACGUGGCCUCAGAGGGCUCCCCAGCGGGCGAGGAGGGCGACUCUCGCAGCCUGGGCCGCGUGAGUGACAGGAGCAGCGCCAGCGAGACGGAGGACCAGAAGGAGCGGUCCCUGGGCAGCAGCCAGGAGCUCAAGCACAGCGAGGAAGAUGACGACAAGGAAGAAGAGGAGGAGGAGGAAGAGCGGCCGCCAGAGGAAGAGGAGGAGGAGGAGGAAAGGAUGGAGGACGAGGAGGACGAGGAAGAAGAGGAGUUGGAAGAGCCCAUCCAAGUAUCAGAAGACGCCGGCCUGUCAUCGGCAACACCCGCCGCCCAGUCUCUAGAUGAGGCUGAAGAUGAGGACAGCGAGGUGGCCGCAGGGACCGAGAGGGACGAGCGAGGUCUGCCGCACCCACCAGGCGACAACGAGCGGACCGUCCUGCUGGACACGGCCUGCAAGAUGGUGCGCUGGCUCUCGGCCAAGCUGGGCCCCACCACCGCCUCCCGCUACAUCGCCAGGAACCUCCUCCGCCUCUUGACCUCCUGCUACGUCGGUCCCGCCAGGCAGCAGCUUGUGCCCGGAGUGGCGUCCGAGGAGAGCGGCUCGCUGGGCGGCGGGAGCAUCUUUCAGGAGCGGCUGGUGCUGGGCGAUCUGGUCUCAGAGCCUGUCCUGGCCUGCCUGGCACACCUGGCACACCUCUACGGGGAGCCCGUCCUCACCUACCUCUACCUGCCCUACGCUGCCUACCUGGUGGCUCCUGGCAUUGGUGCGUCCGCCGGGCGACUGAACAGCCGCAAAGAGGCCUCUCUCCUGGCGGCGGUGACGUUGACCCGCAAGGCGGUGGCCUCGCUCUCGGACUCCACCCUGAUGGACAUCCUCCCCAAAGUCAGCCAGGAGGUCCUGCAGCCCACCCUCGACUUCCUCACUUCGCCCAUCAUCAGUUUCCCCGGCGGAGCCCAAGCCCGGACCGCCCUGUGCCUCAAGACCGCCAGCUUGGCUGCCCUGGUGUGUUUGCGCAUCGGGUCGGAGAUGGCGCAGCAGCACCUGAGCGACACCCUGCGCACCUUCUUCCAAACCUUUUCCAUCGCAGAGCAGGACGUGAUGCUGCUGCCCCCCGGUGUGAGGACGUCUCCCCCAGACCCCUCGGUUCUUUUGGAGCUGCAGAAAGUCUUCAGUCCAGAGAUGGCCUACAUGACCUUCGUCCCUUUCUCGUGCUUGUUAGGGGACGUGAUGCGGGCUGUGGUCCCCAACCAUGCCACGGUGGGGCACCUGGCGGGGCUCUUCCUUCCCGGCGUGGCCCCCCGAAGCCAGCCGUGCCCCAGUGAGGGGGGUCCAGAGGUGCCGCCGGAGUCCCCCCCGAGCGGGGCCUGCGAGGAGGGCCGCUCGGGCACCUUUGGGGGGGUGCUGGUGGGCAACCGGCUGCAGGUCCCGGCCACGGCGGAGGGUCCGGCCCGCCCGGCCCCGAAGGAGGGCCUCCCGCGCAGCGCCCGGCUGCUGAGCGGCAACUGGCUGGCCUACUGGCAGUACGAGAUCGGGGUCAGCCGCCAGCAGGAGGCCCGCUUCCACUUCCACCAGAUCCGGCUGCAGGGCUUCGCGGGACACGCGGGCGCCGUCAAGUGCCUGGCCCCGCUCUCCGGGGAGGACUUCUUCCUCAGCGGCGGGAAGGACCGCAGCGUGCGCCUCUGGCCCCUCUACAACCACGGGGACGGCACCUACGAGGCCCCGCCGCGGCUCACCUACGCCCAGCACCGCAAGCCCGUCUUCUACGUGGGCACCCUCGAGGGGCCCCAGCUGGCCCUCAGCUGCGAUGGAGCCCUCCACCUCUGGGACCCCUUCACCGGGAAAACUGUCCGCACCUUCGAGGCCCUGGACCACAAGGCACCCGUCACGGCCGCCAGCGCCAUGCCCGCCCCCUUCGGCAGCGCCUGCGUGGCCAGUGCCGACUCCGUCCUGCGCUUCAUCGACCACCGCAAGCCGGGCGUCCAGCAUGAAUUCCGACUGGCCAGUGGGGUCAACGCGGGCCUCAUCCGCUGCCUGGCGGUCAGUCCGAGUGGCCGGAGCGUGGUGGCCGGCUUCUCCUCGGGCUUCAUGGUGUUGCUGGACACCCGCACGGGGCUGGUCCUGCGGGGAUGGCCUGCCCACGAAGGGGACAUCCUGCAGGUCAAGGCCACGGAGGGCAACCUCUUGGUGAGCACCUCCUCGGACCAGGCGCUGACGGUGUGGAAGGAGCUGGAGCCCAAGCCGGUGCAGAACUACAAGUCUCCCUGGGAGCCGGUGCACGCCUUCGACCUCUUCCCGGGCGGGCAGGUGGUGGCCGGGACGGCGGGCAACCGCAUUGGGGUCUACGCCCUGCAGGAGCCGCUCCCGCCCAGCCUCACCAAGCUCAGCUCCGAGAACUUCCGGGGCACGCUCACCAGCCUGGCCGUGCUGCCCACCAAGGGCCAGCUGCUCCUGGGCUCCGACAACGGUGCCCUCCGCCUCCUGGCUUGACCACACUGCCCUGACCUCACCGAAUGUGCCUGGGCACUCACUCGGGGAAAAGUUUCCCCCAGAGAACAUGGGGAGCCCUAUGGGACCAAAGCACUUGCAUCUUGUCCAGAGUUGUACAAACAUGCAGAUAGGAAUACACACUGUGGAGCUUGCAAUGGCCCUUGUCGUCAUUUGUGAGCCAUUGAGGGCUUGAGUAGGGUUGUCAGUGGAUUGUACUAACAUGCGGAUAGGAACAUACACUGUGGAGCUUGCAAUGGCCCUUGUCGUCAUUUGUGUGCCAUUGAGAGCUUGCAUAGGGUUGUCAGUGGAUUGUACAAACAUGCAAAUAGGAAUACUCACUGCAGAGCUUGCAAUGACCCUUGUCGCCCGUCGAGUGUGAGACUUAGGGCUUGAAUAGGGUUUCCAACAAAUUGUACAAAGACCUAAUGGUAAUAAACACUGUGGAGCUUGCAAUGGACUUUGUUGUCGUUUGUGUGCAAUUGAAGGUUUCAAUAAGAGUUUCCAGCAGAUUGUACAAACGUGCAAAUAGGAAUUUGCGGAGCUUGAAAAUACACACUGCGGAGCUUGCAAUGGACCUUGUUGUCGUUUGUGUGUGACUGAGGGCUUGAAUGGGGUUGUCAGUGGAUUGUACAAACGUGCAAAUAGGAAUACACACUGCAGAGCUUGCAAUGGACCCUGUUGUCGUUUGUGUGUGAUUGAGGGCUUGAAUAGGGUUGUCAGUGGAUUGUAUAAAUGUGCAAAUAGGAAUAAACACUGCGGAGCUUGCAAAUACACACUGCGGAGCUUGCAAUGGACCUUGUCGUUUGUGUGCGAUUGAGGGCUUGAAUGGGGUUGUCAGUGGAUUCUACAAACGUGCAAAUAGGAAUACAUACUGCGGAGCUUGCAAUGGACCUUGUUGUGGUUUGUGUGCAAUUGAGGGCUUGAAUAGGGUUUCCAACAAAUUGUACAAUGAUCUAAUGGUAAUAAACACUGUGGAGCUUGCAA